AUGUCAGACAUUUUGAGAGCCAUCGACGACUACCGCUGCAUUCUGUCGGAUCACCUACGAUCCGUCGAUCCGUUGAUUCUCACCGCCGCCGCGGUUUUGUCGACGUACACCGCCACCAAUUUGUGGCAUAUGCAUCGCGAUGAGCUCGGAAUUCGUCGCCGUCUUCGCACCAAAUUCUUCGACGUCGUCAAAAGCAUUCCGGCGGUUCGCGCUCAAAUCAAUAAGCAGCUCGGCGAGGUGAACGACGAGCUCGCCAACAGUCUCGUCUAUCACGGCGACGACGGCAAAUUCAUUGAACGCAUUCCGACGGCCGGAAUGAGCAGCGACGACGUCAUCGGAUUGGCCGAGAUUUACGAUAGCAUGGAGGGUCCGAAGUAUCUGGAGGGACGCGUGUCGGGCGCGGUGUUCAGCGACGAGUCGGACGCCGAUGAGAUGCGCGUCUAUUCGGAGGUGUUCAAGAAGUUCGCGUGGUCGAAUCCGCUCUGGCCCAAACUGUUUCCGGGCGUCCGCAAAAUGGAGUCCGAAGUGGUGCGAAUGUGUUGCGAUUUGAUGGGCGGCGACGCGAACACGUGCGGAACAAUGUCGACCGGCGGAUCGAUCUCGAUCCUAUUGGCGUGCCUCGCCCAUCGCAAUCGUCUCAUCAAACGCGGCGUCAAGUAUCCCGAGAUGGUUCUGCCGAGUUCGGCGCACGCCGCGUUCUACAAAGCCGCCGAGGUGUUCCGAAUCAAAGUGCGCAAAAUUCCCGUCGACUCGACGACGUUCAAAGUCGACGUCGGCAAAAUGCGAAGUGCGAUCAACUCGCGCACGUGCAUGCUUGUCGGCAGCGCGCCCAACUUCCCCUACGGCACCGUCGACGACAUCGAGGCGAUCGGACGGCUCGGCGUCGAGUUCGACAUUCCAGUGCACGUCGACGCGUGCCUCGGCGGCUUCAUUCUGCCGUUCAUUCAGCACGACAUCAAGUACGACUUCAGCGUUCCCGGCGUCUCGUCGAUUUCAGCCGACACCCAUAAGUAUGGUCUCACACCGAAAGGAUCGUCGGUGGUGCUCUACCGCAACCUCGACCUUCUUCACAAUCAGUAUUUCUGCGACAGCGAUUGGCAGGGCGGCAUCUAUGCGUCGGCAACACUUGAAGGCUCACGAUCCGGCAUGAACAUCGCCCUAUGCUGGGCGGGAAUGCUGUAUCACGGUCGCGACGAGUAUUCGGAGAACGCGCGAAAGAUCGUCGAGACGACGCGACGAAUCCGCGACGGGCUUGCGACGAUACCGGAAAUCCGCUUGAACGGCGCCAGCGAUGUGUGCAUCGUGAGCUGGACGACGACCGACGGCGUCGACGUGUUCCGAUUCCACAAUCAGAUGAAGGAGCGCCAAUGGCAAUUGAGCGGCCUUCAAUUCCCCGCCGGCGUUCACAUCAUGGUGACGAUGAAUCACACGCGGCCGGGUCUCGCCGAGCAGUUCAUCGACGACUGCCGCCAAUCGGUUCGAUACGUCAAAGAGAAUCCGCCGGCGCCGUCGGAGAAGAACUGCGAGGCGGCCAUCUACGGAAUGGCGCAGGCCAUUCCCGAUCGAUCGCUCGUCGCCGAGUUCGCCUACACCUAUUUGGACACGUGCUAUAAGAAUACACGCUGA